CCCCGCCGCGCCGAGGCCUGGGUGGUGGUCGGGGGGGUCGGUGGGGUUGGAACUGGGUGAUCUCGAAGGUCCCUUCCAACCUCAGCCGUUCCGUGAUUCCGUGGUGAGGGCUCCCCCUUUUACUUCCCACCUACCACCCGCCUUCGCUUCGGCGUUUGCUCGUGGUACGUUUUAUGAACUUGAGAGAGGCAGCUUAUUCAGCAGGCAGUGCUCUGGUUUCUCGGAUUGAUGUGUAAGAGAAAACGUGCAGUGUUUGAAACGGGCUUUAAACAUUUUUUGAGUAAUCUAUUCAUUUAUUUAUUUAAUGCAGGUUUUCUAAAUAAGGCAAAAAUCUCUCUCUUCACAUGAAGAAAAGCAGAGGCCGGACGUGUCGAAAGAGAAGAAGAAAACACUUGCGAAGUUGUAUGGAUGGAGUCAAUUGCAGUCACAAGCUGGAAUACAUUAAACUUAAAAAGUGGCUGAAAGACAGAGGAUUUGAAGACAGUAAUUUAAGGCCAGCAGAAUUCAGGGAUACAGGAAGAGGAGUGAUGACAACAAAAGCUCUUCAGACAGGGGAUCUGAUUAUUUCAUUGCCUGAGAAAUGCUUACUCACCACGGCCACUGUCCUUAGUAGCUGCUUGGGAGAAUACAUUAUGAAAUGGAAGCCUCCUGUAUCUCCUUUGAUAGCGCUGUGCACAUUUUUAAUAGCAGAGAAGCAUGCUGGUGAGAAGUCUCUGUGGAAACCAUACCUGGAUGUUUUACCCGAAACAUACACUUGUCCUGUUUCUUUGGAGCAUGACAUAGUAAACCUGCUUCCCCAACCAUUAAGAAAGAAGGCUCUGGAGCAGAGAACAACAGUCCACGAGUUGUACAUGUCCUCCAAGGCUUUUUUCUCUUCCCUGCAGCCUUUGUUUGCUGAGAACACAGGAACUAUUUUUAACUACAGUGCUCUAGAGUGGGCUUGGUGCACUAUUAAUACCAGGACAAUAUACAUGAAACAUUCACAGAGGGAAUGCUUUUCUCUUGAGCCAGAUGUUUAUGCAUUGGCACCAUAUUUAGAUUUGCUAAACCACAGUCCAAAUGUGCAGGUAAGGGCUGCAUUUAAUGAGCAGACAAGAAGCUACGAAAUUUGGACAAAUUCACAGUGCAAAAAAUACGAAGAAGUAUUUAUCUCCUAUGGGCCUCAUGAUAACCAGCGCCUGCUACUAGAAUAUGGAUUUGUUGCCAUUGAUAACCCUCACAGCAGUGUUUAUGUCUCAUCAGAUACUCUCCUCAGAUAUUUUCCACCACUGGACAAGCAGAGAAGUGCAAAACUUUCCAUUCUAAAGGAUCAUGAUUUCUUAGACAACCUGACCUUUGGAUGGGAUGGACCAUCUUGGAGACUCCUUACAGCCCUCAAGUUGUUAAGUCUUGGAGCAGAUGAGUUUACUUGCUGGAGGAGAACGCUGCUUGGUGAUGUAAUUUCAGCCAGAAAUGAACAGCAGACUUUGAGUAUAACAGCAAAAAUAUGCCAUUUUCUCAUAGAGGAGACACAGCAUGUUCUUCUCCAGAUUUCCCAAUUGAAAAGGAGCAAAGAGAAACUCAAAAAACACCUGGCUUUGGUAGAAGCACUUCGCUUGGAAGAUCUGAAGAUACUACAAAAAUCAGCUGAGAUUCUUUGCAACUUGAACAUGGCAACAGCUUGACCUAUCUGGAGUUGUGAUAGCCGUGGCUGACUGGAUCUCUUUUGCCUUGCUCAGCUAUUGUAAUGGAUCUGAGGAGCAAAGAAUAAUGUAAAAUGUCAUCAGAAUAUGACUACUUUUGUUCACAGGGCCACACAGGACCCAGAGUCUUAUUUAGUUCUUUGAUGAGCUUCUUCAGUAGUAUGAUAUGGUAGCCCAAAUGGUGGGGGGGAAGCACAGGUGGCUUUCAUCACAUCUUGCCCAAAUCAUGGCUGCUGUGAGCAGAACAGCUUCUGGGGUAAUUUGUGCAGCCCCAAGAUAGUGGGCUUCCAGCAGUCCUAGGCUGCAUGUGUGGCUAAAGCAUGGAUCAUAGGGUCAAGCAGGUACUCCUCAGCAUGUAUUUGUGCUCUGGCACUUGACAGAGAGGCAGAGGAUAGAGCCACUUAUAUUUGCCUUAUACUGAUUCUUUACUUUCUCCCUGAGAUCUGUACAUGUCCCUAGGACUUAGCAGUUUGUGUGGAGCCUCUUCAUUGCUGGUAUAAUAGAUGUGAACUAGAGCACAGAUUGUUCCUUUUGUGACCAUCUCCAAAUCAUUCCCUCAACAGUUUCAAAUCAAGUAUUUCUUGGGUAUAAGGAAGUGUGAAUUUCCUUCCUUCACUCUCAAAGCUCCCUCCAGACUCACUAAUGUGUGGUCUGGCUCCUGCUGGGAAUGAGAACUGAAAGGAUGUUAUCACUUUGAACUUAGUUUCUUGUUCCGAAGACCACCCAGGAAAUUAAUUUGGUUUCCAUUCAGUUCUGGUGAUCACAUUGAGAAAUGUCUAUAAGGGGCUAGUCUCAUGAGCUGCCUUUCAGCAUGAGUUCCACCUAGGUAGGGAGCCUGAGCACCCUAUGUAGUUUAGAGAAGAGAGAGACUUCUUCAAAGGGUGUUUCAGGGCAGGACUCUUACUUAAGGUAUAUAAACUUAAUUUAUAAUUGUGGUUGUGUUGUGAUUAUUUUCCAUUUUGUGGGGAAUCACAUUUUGUAGAAUUUUUCAUUACUGUUGUUAGCAUUUUUUAAGAGCUGUGUUUUUAAAGAGUGUUUAUUUUUGUAAAUAUAUUGGUAUACUUUCUACAAGACUUCUCUAUUUUUGAAAUAAAUGAAAUUGUAUACAGCAGUAAA